AUGGGUUUUUAUGGGUUUGUGUUUUGCGUGACUUUGGUGUCGAUUCUGGUGGCGCCACCGUCUUGUGAAGCUAGAGGCGGCUGGCGAACCCCUUGGGACCCCAUAAUCCGGUCGCCGGUGGAGCACCGUGGAACUGAAAAAAAUGGUACAAGAUGGGCAGUUCUUAUAGCAGGUUCCAGUGGGUAUGGCAAUUACCGCCAUCAGGCGGAUGUUUGUCAUGCAUAUCAAAUCUUGAAAAGGGGAGGCUUGAAAGAUGAGAACAUAGUAGUUUUCAUGUAUGAUGACAUAGCAGAUAACGAAAUGAACCCACGAAAAGGCGUAAUAAUCAACCAUCCCGAAGGCGGUGACGUCUAUGCCGGAGUGCCAAAGGACUAUACUGGUGAUGAUAUUACGGUGGAGAAUUUUUUUGCUGUGAUCCUCGGCGACAAGAACGCUGUGAAAGGAGGAAGUGGAAAGGUUGUCGACAGUAAACCUAAUGAUAGAAUCUUUAUAUAUUACUCUGAUCAUGGGGGUCCUGGAGUGCUUGGGAUGCCGAGUACGCCAUACCUUUACGGGAAGGAUUUUGUCGAUGUUUUGAGAAAGAAGCAUGCAUCCGGAACCUACAAAGAGAUGGUCAUAUAUGUUGAAGCAUGUGAGAGUGGGAGUGUAUUUGAAGGCUUGCUGCCUGAAGAUCUGAACAUAUACGUGACAACGGCGUCAAGUGCAGACGAGAGUAGUUGGGGAACAUAUUGUCCGGGAAUGGAUCCUCCGCCUCCUCCAGAGUACUCAACAUGCUUGGGAGAUUUAUAUAGUGUUGCUUGGCUGGAGGAUAGUGAGUCUCACAACCUGAAAAAAGAAACAGUCGAGCAGCAGUAUCAGAAGGUAAUCUCAAUGCAAAAUCCUUUUGCAGUCUGUGAAACUGAGGAGCUCAUUUAUAUCUGA